AACUAUGUAAUUUUCACAUAGCACACACAUUUCCUGGAAAAUCACAGCUAAAUUUUCAUUUUUCAAAUGCAAUAGACCUAAUCCAAUUGGCUUACUCUCAGUUGCUCAAUAUGACGAGUGCAGGAAAUAGUUGCCGCACAUGGAACCAAAAAAUCUCUGCUGGCCUAUCCAGAAAAUGUGACAACUGCUUUGAACCGUUGAAAGGACCAUGCGCCGAACCCAUAACAAAGGUGGUACCAGAAAACCCCACCGAAAUUGAUCCUGACGAUCCCGAAUGCCUGCCUUUACCGCUAUUGGAGCCGCCAGCGGAAGGUGUGCCGCCGCCUCCGGGAACUUUGCCGCCACCGGAAAGUUUGCCCGAAGAGCCAAGGAAAUCUUCCAUUGUCAAAGCAAUUUUGGAACCAGAAUUUGAGGGUCCAGUACGGCGCUUUGUAGACACAGCACCAUUCUGUGCCACGUGCUCAACUGAUCCUAAGCCUGAUACUGAGCCAACCUGCACUCUAGCCGAUGCACAAAACCGCGAAAUUAAAAAUAAUUUUUGUUCAGCAAAAUGCAGGCCCCUAAGCACAAUGUUACACUUGGAGGAGUGGACUAAGCGACCAAGACCCAAGCCUACGUAUAAAAAUAGUGUUAUACUGGAUGAGAACACAAUAGGAGGUCGCGCAUUUCCCGUAAAAUUUCGUAUACGCCGACAGACGAAUCAUUGCAACAAAUGCGGACGGGACCUGCUGCUGCGUGAAAAUGUUACGGACAACACCAAUGUGAUACUCAUCUCCAACUGUUGCGACAUUGAAGUCUAUCCAUAUCAUAAAAUCGAAAACUGGCAUCGUGUGCCAGUGACCACAAUAACCGCACAGCAAAAUUUCAAGCGUAGAGUACUCAAUGAGACUUGCCAAUUGGAGCACAAGGCUAAAAAGGCUUCUAUGAUAAGUAAUAAUCUUAUGAUAAGAUAGUUGAUAAAAAAUAAAUCAAAUAGUUGCAAUAGUACA